AGAUGCUUCCUGACUUCCUGAAUGCUCCCUCUCUCCCGUUGAGCGUCGUCGGCUCGACAUACUCCGAUGGGCGGAAUUCCCUAUCAAUCUCGGGGCUGCACCACCUGCAGACAGCGGAAGAUCAAAUGCGACCUUGCGAAGCCUGAGUGUGCACGCUGCGUCAGGAGGGGCACGCGAUGUCUAGGCUACGAGACGAGUCGGCAUUUCCUCCACCAUACCCUCGUCACUCGAGUCGAUGCCUCCGGCACAAGCAGAAGGCCUGUAGCCCAGAUGCUCGGGCAAUUGAACCCGCUUGCACUCCCGGCGCCUCUGAAUCUGGAAACUGUUGUCCGAACUCAGCUCUUUUCGACAUUUAUGAAUACAUUCUUCGCUUCCAACUCUAGUCACAAUGUUCUCAGCGCAAAGGAUGAUAGCUGGUACUUCCUCAUGGCGCGGUUUCCGUCUCUAGCCGGCGAGUCGGCGCUUCUAGACCGGUCCAUAAUGGCCCUCGUGUGCGCAUUCUUGGGGAGGGAAGCCAACGACCUCCCGUUGAUGAACUACGGCGGGGAAUUAUAUAGCGAUGCGCUGAGGGUGAUGGCGUGGAUACUCCGCCAGAGGCUCCCACCGACGCCUCACGUACUCUACACGACCAUCGUCUUCCACACCUACGAGACAAUGCAAACGGGUGAAGCUUCUCUGCAAAAUUGCCUGACUCAUGUACGGGGCGCUACGGCAAUCCUCAAUCAUCCCUCCUUUAGGGACCGUCCCGUUCAAGAUCUGACUGGGACAAUGAUUACUCGACAGAAGUUAGCCGCAGUGCGGGCUUUCUGCAUCACGACCUGCCCGUCCAAGGCCACCGACGGGGAUUGGGAGUGUCUAACACGAGACAGAGCCACGAGGCCACUCGACGCGAUUCUCGCUUUGCUUGCUGAAAGCGUGCAGCUGCAACAAAGGCUGGACGUAAUCUCCUGCCAGCCUCGUUCCGAAUGUAAGGAAGCAGCCACCCAGAUGUUACUCCAACACUGUCUCGACCUGGCAGAAAGGCUGCGCACGUGUUUGCCUAAUGGGUUGAGCGAGAGCCGCUCCUCAGAGACUCGACUUUUUGUGCCCUGGGACCCCAGCGUGCUGCGACCUGCUCCACAGCCACUGCCUUUCCCGGAAGAUGACCUCGCUCACCCACCACUGUACGAAUUCGCCAAUCUAGCUACGGCCAAAUCUGUUCUGCUCUUCUGGAUCGUGGCAUUGACGAUCCGCAGACUCCUAUCCCACACCAAGACGCUGUGCCAGGAAGGUACCCAAUCGACGCUCGGUGCCGUCUCAUCGACACUACUAUGCAUAUCAGCCCGCGAACUCCGCCGCACGGUGGCGCAUCUCCUGCAGCCGAGGAACCUGAUGUCCUCCGCGCAUUGCAUUCUUUUCGCAGUGUCCGUGGUGUCGAAGUGCUACCUGGACGGUCGCGACGAGGUGGGCUUUGCGUGGUGCCAAGAUAUCUACCGGCUCCUUCAGUCGCGAGGGUGGGGAAUGGCCGGGCGUCUUGGUGACGCGGACCGGAGACUGUGGGCAUGCAUUCAGGUGCCCACGGCGGAGGAUAUGGAGUUCAGUUCCCCUCCCCUCACGGUGGAUGUAUCGCAUCGUAUAUAUAAUUCCUGGGAUCUGAAUUGA